AUGCUGUCCCUGGAGGAUAUCAAUAAGUCUAGUUGUACUAAAUGCAUUAGUUUGCCAGCGGGGAUAUUGUCUAAAUCUGUGGAACCGGCUGGGUUUUCAUUCUUUGCACGACAUGAAUGGCACAUGUCACUUGACACUAGCGCAGGAGAUGUAGAAAUUCUUACUGCAGAAUUGUUUGAUGAAUGCAAAAAUAUAGCAAUAAAUUAUGUUGACUUGUUUGAAUCACAUGCAUGUUUAGCUAACUCUAAUCAGAGUAAAGGUGCUUUAUUGGAAGGCUGCUACUCUCAUCGACUUAAAUACGAUCUGGCAAAAUCAUUCCUAAGUCAAUAUUCCAUUCAAUCCAAUAAAACACAGUCCAUUGAAGAAGAAGUUGAACGAGUUUUGGGUGUUAAUUUUGUUAAUCGCGGAAAAACCGCAGAUCGCAAAGUGACGUCUUUGGUAAAAAAAUUUUCACAAAAUAACCAAGAUAUUUACUCCCUUUUAUGUGUGAAUGAAACAGAUUCACCGGCGCAUAUACGCAAAACGUACCUUAAAAUUGCCAUGAUUCUGCACCCAGACAAAUCUGCCAAUUUGAAAACAAGCAGUAUAAGGGGAGAGUCUAAGGAGGAUAAAUUUAUUAGCGAUUACAUUGACAAGUACAAAAUUUGUACUAUGAGUGAAGAGCAAAAAAAUAAACUGUUUUUGACAGUACAAGAUGCUUAUGCAAUACUUUCUGACGAAUCAUUGCGCUUUGAGUACGAAUGCAUGAUGCCUUUUGAUGAAUCAAUUCCGACAAUGGCACAAAUAAACAACAUUGGCGAUAAUUAUUACACAUUUAUGUCAAAAUACUUUGACUUAAAUGGCAAGUGGUCAAAAACCCAACCGGUACCAAAAUUUGGUAAUGACGACACUAAUGAUGAGGAAUUAGAUAAUUUUUAUAUAUUCUGGCGUAACUUUGAUAGCAAGCGCGUAUUCUGUGCCCAUUUCCCCCAUCCGAUCGAAGGGACUGAAAAUAGGGAGGAACGAAGGUGGAUGGAAAGGGAAAAUGCAAGGAUCCAGAAAAAAAUGUUUAAAAGUGAUAUUAUCAGGAUACAAAAACUAGUAGAUAUUGCCCAAGCCACAGAUCCAAGGAUCAGACGCAGACAGCAGCAGAAGCAGCAAUUGAAACUUCAGAAGAAGGAAGAGCAAUUGCAUAAACAGAGAGAGGAAAAGGAAAGGAUACUACGGGAGGAGAAGCUGAGGUUGGAUCGUGUACGAAUGGAAUUGCAGGAAAUGAAGGCAAAGAAGCAACUUAUCAAAAAAUGGAAAUAUCACAUUAAACUCAUCCUCAAUAGUACGCAGGCAUUAGACAUUGACGAAUUAAGUGCCCACCUGGCAAAUAUGGAUUACAAUAGGUUGUACAAAAUGAUGCUGAAUUUUUUAGUUGUUUUACAAAUGAAUGAAGUAUUCGCUAUUUACAAUGGUACUGAUACUCUGGAGUAUGCCAAUGCAGUUAAAUUGUUUGAAUCAACCUUUCCUACCAUCAAUAUAGAUGAUGAAAUUAGGAGUAAAAUAUUGAAAGAAUGGAGUGUCUAUCAGCACGGUGAUUCCAAUGUUAUGGAUGGAGACAAAGAUCCCGGUUCGAACCUAACCAAUGACACUUGUACUAGUAAAAACAAUAAUACUUGUACUAAAAGUAAUACUGGUGUAUCUAGCAACGGGUCUAACGAGUGGUCUAUCCAUGAACUAUCUCUACUUGCGAAAGCUAUACAGGUUUAUCCAGUGGGUACAGCUGAUAGAUGGAAGCUAAUAACUAAUUACAUACCCUCAAGAUCUACAAAGGAAAUCAUUAAAAAGGCUAAUGAAGUAGCAUCAGGGGUUACAAUCGCUAAAGUAAUUACCGGUGAUAAUCAUAGUACCAGUGUUGGAAAUGACGUAGUCAGUACUAUUGCUACUAGUGUCAAAGUUGCUGAAUGGAGUAGAGAUCAGCAAAUAGCUUUUGAAAAGGCAUUAGAGGCUAAUCCACCUUCCAGUGCCCCUGACCAAAAAACAAGAUGGAUCAAAAUCGCAAAAUCGGUACCUGGAAAAACGCCAAAGGAGUGCUUAGACAGAUUCAAACAGAUAAGGGAAGCUAUACUGGCAAAGAAUAAAAUUAAAAACUAG